AUGCCGACAAGCCAAGCCUGCCGUGGGCCCGGCUUUCUGAAGCCACAAUGCAUCACCAGCACGUCCGACAACGGACAAGAAUCCACCCGGGGUAACGGCAAGGACACGCCAGCCGGCCAGGGAUUUCCCAGCAUGAUGUGUGUUUCCACCUAUCGGCAUGCCAGAACGCUUAGCAGCGGAAGUAGCAGGGGAAGGCCACCGGAUCUAGGAGAGGCGAUUCGGUUUCAAUUAGAUGCCGUCGGCACAUCCUCCUGGGACAGGGUCCAGGUGAGUUGGCGAAGCGCUUCGCCAGCAAGAAAACACGACGUCACGACGUCACCCGAGCUGCAUCUGCUCACAUCAGACCUCGCCGGCCCGGUCUGCUGCGCUUGCAGAGCAACGCUUUCUUAG